CUCCCCAGGAGGCUCGAUCCACGGACCGAUCGGGACACCUCGAGCUGGCGGGGGUACCGGUCAGGAUGCCGACGCAUCUUCCUCUCUCUCCGCGGCGAGAAACUCGUUAUCGCCGUCGAUGUCUGCUGCCCAGGAUGCGGCUAGUUACGCUCAGAGACCUACCAGCCCCUCGCCCUCUGUCGCCAGCGAGAAAACCGAAACCGAUCUUCAGGACAAACAGGAGCGAGAAGAAGAGGAAAGAAAGACCAGGAUACAGUUGUAUGUGUUCGUAUCGAGAUGCGUUGCAUAUCCGUUUAACGCCAAACAACCAUUGGAUAUGACGAAACGUCCGCUAAAAGUGACCAAGCAACAACUCGAAACGAUAUGUUCUCGUUUUCAGAGUUUCCUAAAGGGAGAAACGCAAAUAAUGGCGGAUGAAGCGUUUCGAAAUGCGAUACAGAAUUACUACGAUGUGUUUCUAACGUCGGAUCGUGUGAUGCAAAUGGUUCAAAGCGGUGCUUGCUCGCAACUCGACUUCCGUGAGGUGUUCAAGGAGAACAUAAAGAUUCGUGUUCUACGCUUCCCGGAAAUCGAUGGAUUGAGCAAAGAGACUGUACUUACGUCCUGGUUGGCCAAAUUCGAUUGUAUCAUGAAAGGUACGGGGGACGAGGAGACCAAGAGGCCCUCCAGGAUGCAACAACAGUCUUUGAUCUCGGAGAUGAUUCUGCCGAAGGAGCAGCUGUACGACAUGUUUCAGCAAAUUCUUGGCAUCAAGAAGUUCGAACAUCAGCUUCUGUUCAACGCCCUCCUGUUGGAUUCAGCCGACGAACAGGCUGCCGCCAUCAGGAGGGAGCUGGAUGGUCGCCUCCAAAAGGUCAACGAGAUGGAAAAGAAUCGCAAGCUUAUGCCCAAGUUUCUCGUAAAAGAAAUGGAGUCGCUCUACAUCGAGGAACUAAAGUCGUCUAUCAACCUGUUGAUGGCUAAUUUAGAGUCAUUGCCAGUCUCGAAAGGUUCGACAGACAGCAAAUACGGGCUGCAGAAGCUGAAGCGCUGCAAUCACCGUCGUGAGCGCUCCCGCUGCCGCGGUCAGGGUUCCCUCGUUAAAUUGGAGAGCGACUCCGCUGACUCGGAACCACAGCUAACCAAAAUGGACGUAGGCCUCACCUUCCAAUUGGCUGUCGUGGUUGUAGAGGUCAGGGGUUUGAAGAGUUUACCACCCAACAAGAUCGUCUAUUGCACGAUGGAAGUCGAUCGUGGUAAAAAGCUGCAAACCGAUCACGCCGAAGCCUCGAAACCUAUGUGGGACACUCAAGGCGAUUUUACCACCAUGCAACCUCUACCGCUGGUCAAGGUUCGACUCUAUACCGAGAAUUCGGCGAUGCUCGCACUCGAGGACAAAGAACUGGGCAAAGUGAAUCUACGACCUACACCGUUCUCCUGUAAACACCCGGAAUGGUAUCGAAUGUCUGUCCCGAAAAAUUGUCCCGAUCAGGAACUUCUCAUCAAAGUUGGUUGCCGAAUGGAUAAACCGUUCAACAUGAAACAUUGUGGCUAUCUUUACGCGAUGGGCAAAUCCGUGUGGAAGAAAUGGAAGAAACGAUACCACGUGUUGGUCCAAGUCUCCCAAUACACGUUCGCAAUGUGCUCGUAUAAAGAGAGAAGGAGCGAGCCAUCGGAGAUGAUGCAACUCGACGGUUAUACGGUUGAUUAUAUCGAACCCCUUUCGGCCAAUCUGAUGGUCGGCAUGGAUUUAGAUGAGGGAAGAUUUUAUUUUAACGCUGUUCGCGAAGGGGACAAUAUAGUAUUUGCCGCGGAUGACGAGAACGAGUGUCAAACUUGGGUAAUGGUCAUGUACAGAGCGACCGGUCAAUCCCACAAACCGACCCCGCCUGUAUCCGUGGCGGACAAAAAUUCCACCAUCAGUAAGAUACAGGGAGACGCCGAUCGAGCGAAAAAGCAUGGAAUGGAGGAUUACAUUAGCGCGGAUCCUUGCAAGUUCGAUCAUCACUUCCUCUUCAAAUUUUUGCAAAAUUUGGUUCUGGAUUAUCGAUUGAACGAUCCGUACUGUUCUCUCGGUUGGUUUUCACCCGGUCAAGUAUUCGUUCUGGACGAGUACUGCGCGAGAUACGGAGUUCGAGGAUGUUUUCGACAUUUAUGCUACUUGAACGAUUUACUCGAUAGAAUCGAUCGCGGUUUAAUGAUCGAUCCAACCUUGAUUCACUUUAGUUUCGCGUUUUGCGCCACUCACGUUUACGGGAAUCGCACGGAUCGAGUCGGUUCCAUCACUCACGAGGAGAAGGAAAAGUUUCAAGACAUCAAAGAGAGACUCAGGCAAAUUCUCGAAGAACAAAUUACCAAUUUCAGAUACAGUUUUCCCUUCGGUCGGCCGGAUGGCGCGUUGAAGGCUACCUUGUCCCUGUUGGAACGAGUGAUGAUGAAGGAUGGCGUCAGUCCUGUGCCUCAAGAGGAAGUGAAGACAUUGAUCAAGAAUUGUCUCGAGAAGGCCGCUCUCGUCAAUUAUACGAAGCUCUCUGCCGAAGCGAAAAUCGAAGACGAUUUCAGCGGUGAGGUUUGCGUCCCGCCUAGCAAGAAACUCGAGGAUCUCAUACACCUUGCCGACAUGUGCGUCGAUCUGCUUCAACAAAACGGGGAGCACUAUUCGAAGGCGUUCGCCUGGUUUAGCGAUCUUAUGGUGGAGCACGCCGAGAUCUUCUGGUCUUUGUUUGCCGACGAUAUGGACAAAGUGCUCGCCGAACAACCACGGGAUACUUGGGACAGUUUUCCUCUUUUUUCUAUUAAAAAUAUUUAUUUCUUAUUCGUAGAUAAUUUGAAGAACGGUAGAUUUCACCAGCAUCUUCGCGAUACUUUUUCUCCGAUGGUGGUGCGUUACGUGGAUUUGAUGGAAACCUCGAUCGCACAAUCGAUUUAUAAAGGUUUCGAGAAGGAGCGUUGGGAGAUAAAGGGAAACGGGUGCGCGACUUCCGGCGAAUUAUUUUGGAAAUUGGACGCCCUUCAAUCUUUCAUCCGCGAUCUUCAUUGGCCAGAUCAAGAAUUUCGCCAGCAUCUAGAGCAAAGAUUAACGUUAAUGGCUUGUGAUAUGAUCGAAACUUGCAUUCAACGAACGGAUGCCGCGUUUCAACAGUGGCUGAAGAAAGGCGUGACUUUUAUCUCGACCGAUUACAUCAUACCGUCGGAAAUGUGCGCGAUGGUAAACGUUAUUCUCGACGCGAAAAACCAAAGUUUCGAACUGUGCACCAUCGAUGGCGUCGACGUGCACCAAUAUCACGCGAAAAUCGACGAUUUGAUAGAGAAAACUUCGGCUGCUAUGACCCAAGGAAUGAUCAACAAACUGGUCACGGUAUUGGAGACGACCUUAUCCAAAUUGUCCCGUUACGACGAGGGAUCCUUCAUAGGUUCCAUUCUCAGUUUGACGAAGGUAUCGGGAAGUGGGAAAGAAAUGGGACAGGCCUACGUAAGCUUUACGAGGAAUUGUAUGGAUCAAAUUCGUGGCAAAGUCUUGGACGAAUUAUGGAUUUUAACGUUCUUCGAGCAAUGGUACACGGCGCAAAUUCAAAUGCUGUGCACGUGGCUCUCGGAAAGACUCGACCAUAGCUUACAUCUAUAUCAAUGUACCUGUUUGGCCCAUAUCGUAAAAAAAAUUUACUCGGACUUUGAGUUACAAGGUGUUAUAGAGGAAAAACUCAAUUCGACGACAUAUCAGACUAUAUCUAAGAGGAUGCAAACGGAAGAAGCGUCUUGUGCCUUAACGAGCGUUCAGAACGAAGAAGGUCUUUCGGAGAACGGUAACGAUGACGAGGUAGAACGACCAAAACCAAAGGUAACGGUCGUGGAAACGGUCAACAGCGAGGACGCGAAUAUUAUCAGCAACGUUACUUCGAACGUUGUUGAAAAAGUUGGGAGCAUGUUUGGCAAGGGCAUUGGUGGCUUUUCGACAAAAUUUGGUGGACCUAGCUGGUUUUGAUCAUUCUUUUUAUAUUAUUUUAUUACUAUUUUAUUAUCGCUUAUCUUUUUCUCAUUUUUAUCUUUUAUCAUUUUUACCUUAUUAUUCAAUAUUAUCAUAUUCUCGUUCCUAUUUUCUAUUUCUUCUUCAUUUUCUUUCCCUCCUCGAUCUUUUAUCCCUUUUUCUUUCUCUUGUUCGUACUAUUAUCAUAUUUAAAUUAUAAUUUUUACGACGAUACUGAUUAUUAUUAUUAUUAUUAUUAUUAUUAUUAUUAUUAUUAUUAUUAUUAUUAUUAUUAUUCUAUGUUAUUCUCAUCUUUGUCCUUAUUAUCAUUAUUAUCGUUCAAUCAUAAUCGAUUAUUACGAUUAUUAUUACUUUUAACAUUUGUUCAUGAUAACAUUAUAUCGAACUAAUAGAUUGUUUCGUCUAUAAAUAUGUAUAUAAACAGAACAAAAGUUUCGACAGCAGGAUUGUCCAUAGUACACUUUAGAAAUUUGUUCGAAUUAAAGCAUUCUUCGAAGAAGAAUCGUCAUUCGUUACAAUCGAUCGAAAGGACAACCCUUAUCGGUUAGAUUUCACGAAUUCUAUAUAGACUUUUCGACAAAACUUCGUUUCGUUGUUCGAUUACGUUCGAUUGUUCGUGUCCCGAAACGAAAGCAUCACGCUUUUUAUCUCGAAUCUUUAUCGAUUUCUUACCUCGUUUUGGUCAAAAUGUAAACAAGUAACGUGAGAACGAGUGCGAACGCGAUCGGUGUAACGUCGAAAGGUCUUUUCCUUUGUCUUUCUCCAUCUGUGCAUCGAUAAAUAUGUACUUUCUACUUAUAUAUCUUUUGAUCAAACUUUUAUAGAAAUAAUAUACCUCGUUUGUGCGGCAAAUCUAUCGAUCCAUCUGUUAUGCUUUUAAUUAUUAAUUUAACAUCUACUUCGAAAAUAUUUUCUCCAAACGAUUAAUAUACAGAAAUCGUUCAUCUUGAUUGAACGAGAAUUUCAUAUAUAUAUCGUGCGAGA